CAUUUAUAUGUUUAAAAAAUUCGCCUUGUUUUGAUAUAGAAUCGUGGAAUAAUUGAAUCUUAGAGGGCUAUGAAUUGUAUUAGAUUAAUCGUGGUAAAUAAUUUUUUUUUCAAAAGUUAAAUAUAUUUCUUUCAUUCAUUAAUCACGCAACGAAGCCGAACAUAGGUAAACUUGUGAGUUAAUAUGAAACAUACAAAAUUUUGGAAAACCUACUCAAUUAUUAUGAUCGCAAAAAGAGUAUAUAUAUAAUUUUCUUUACUUAAGAAAAAAGUUUAUUCUUUACAGGUGACCAUAAAUAAUUCUCAGUUACUCUUGGUCAAUAACAUUAAAAAGGAUAAACUACAUUUGCCCAAUUUUUCUUAAUGCAUAUAAAAUAAUCUGAUGAGCAAUGAGUAUAGAGACAAGAAGGGUAAAUGAGAGAAGAAGAGGAACGUGGGUGGGACCUUUUUGAAAAGGAGACGGCAGAAAUAAGAGAAACAGAGCGCUAAAGCCACCGUCGUGCCACUGUCUCUCCUCACCCUUCUCUCUUAACAUACAACACUUAUUUUACCCUCUCACGGCCCCGUCCCGACUUCACCACUUAUAACAAAGCAGACACAAUUUAUGGAUCAUAUAAUAUAUCAUUCAAUGACAAAUUAUUAUAGAUAAAUAUCAUGUAUCGUUUUUUUAUGAUUUGAAGAUGCCAGUGUGCAUUAAUCCAUUAAGAAAGUUAAGAGUGUGGGCAUGUGACUGUGGAGAGUCUUCUGCUUAUUUCCGGUUGCGGCUAACGUCCCACUUGACUCUGUCAAUUGACGUCAACUUCUCAGGCACUGACGGAGGAAAAUCUGUCUUCCAUCCAUAUUUAACGGCGGCUUAAACGGCUCUCUUGUCAUGUGGCCUUCCUAUGAAAAUCCAAAAACCACGCUCGUCAUAUCCAAUAUUUCGAACCACGUGCCAACACACAACGAGCCUCUACAGUCUCGUAACAAAUUCAAGAUUAAAAAAAUAAAAAAAAAAUCAUAGAAAUUAAUCAUAUGACUAAUGAGUAUUAUUUCCCUUUAUUUAAUGAGCUACUAUAUAGUUUCUUAAGAAAAAAGAAAAAGAAAAAGAAGAAGAUAUUAUUCGGUCAUAUUGGCUAAGUUCAAAUUUUCCUAGUAUCA